AUGUGCUCUAUGUACCCUGGUGCCAUUGGAGCAAGGAAUGAGUUGCCUGAAUCAGCCAGGAAAAACCAACGACUUAACAAUAACCAGCACAGAGCUGUGGCUGUAGCUAGCAUAUCUGACAUCCUUGAUAAGCCUGGAUCUCACAUGGAAUCAACAAUGGUGUGCCGGGAUAGGCACGGACUUAUCAAUGCCAGCUUCUUCCCAAUCUGGGCCUGCUUCCAGUGUUACCUCCACCUGUUCCCAGAGAAGCAGACAACGUACUCAACAUCCAGCGAUAUCCUGGGAACCGAAGAGUUCGAGGAACCGCUGCCGUCCAUCAGCGUCUUCUGGGAUAAACAGGAGACCUUGUGCUCCUCGCUCAAUGACCGGAACUGCCAGAGACUGACCGCUUGUUGUCAGGCCGCUGAAGAAUGUUGCAACAAUCAGAUCAAGGCGUCAACAUUGUCUAGGCUGAUGCCCAACAAGCACAGCUCGUGCCCCAUGACCUGGGACGGCUACGCAUGUUUCCCAUCGACGCCUGCUGGUCACGUGGCAGAGGUCGCCUGCCCAAGUUACAUCUCUGACCGAACUUCAGAAAGCGGAGUGGCCUCGAAACAAUGCACAGAGAACGCUAGCUGGUGGCGGAACAGACCCCUGGAUAUGGAGUGGACAGAUUAUACCAAGUGUGUUAGCAUUGAGGCCUACUAUGUGAUCUAUUAUGUUAGUGUCGUAUGCAGUAUCGGUAGUUUGAUCUGCCUUGUACCAGCCUGUAUCAUAUUUCUCUCUGUCAAGCAGCUUCGGAAACAGCACAGGAUCCACAUCCAUUUAAACCUCUUUGUGUCCUUCACCUUGACCAACUGUGUGUGGCUGACCUGGGAUCACCUCAUCUUCAAGGACAGGCUGGAGAAUCCACGUGAAGUAGCCAUCAUGCAUCAACACAUUAUCGGUUGCCGUGUCCUGUAUAUGAUGUCACGGGUCUCGUGGACCUGUAACAUUGCCUGGAUGUCACUGGAGGGCUUCCAUCUGCACCGCCUCAUCAGCCAGGCGUUCCAGACACCAAAGACUAUAUCAAGCUACUACUUUAUAGGCUGGGUGUUUCCUCUACUUCCAACGGGUAUUUAUGCUUUGGUUCGAUUCUUAUCUUCCAAUCAAGGUUGCUGGGUCAGUCAUGCUGGCUACUACGAGUGGAUAAUCUACAGUCCUAACAUUCUGUGCAUACUGCUCAAUAUUUUCUUCUUGGCCAAUGUCUUAAGAACUUUGGUGACCCAGAUACAGAGACACAACAAUGAGCCCAGCAACUACAGGCGAGCUCUGAAAGCUACCAUGCUACUGGUGCCACUGUUCGGGCUUCAACUUUUGCUGGUGAUCUACAGACCUGGAGGCGACAUUCGUCAGCAUGUGACUUAUGAAGUGUUUACAAAAAUAAUCAAUAAUUCACAGGGCUUGGUGGUGACUGCUGUCUUCUGUUUUAUGAAUGGGGAGGUUCACUAUUUGCUCAAAGGACGCUUAGUCUGUCGUAAACAUCACGAAUCCAACCCGGACAUCAUCAGCGGCUCGGUCUCUGUGGUUAGAAGAGGCUCCCCUCGAGGGAGUUCGUCCCACAUGGACGGAUACGCCAUGAGGAAACUGCCUCAGCGGGAAGAGACCGCCAAUCAUUUGGGUGCGGGGUGCCGAAAACUGAAAGUGUCCAAAGUAUCGGCGGGCAAGAGGCCCUUACGGAUCUGCUUGAAAAACAGAGAAAAGCAUUUAACAAACACAACCACUUUAUAACAAGCACAACCACUUUGUAACAGUCACAGAUGCAUGUAAAGUUUAUAAUAACAGUCAUACGAAAGUGGAGAAGUUUCGUUGAUUUGAACACAGUGAUGUGUGGUACAUUGUGGUACUGCCUGGAUCACCGAUAUGUACAAUUUAUUAAAUAGAAAGAUUGACAAUAGUUCGAGCCCUGGAUAAGUUUGUUAUCUACCAUACAAAACAAAACUAAAACAGCUUCAGUAAUGCUCUAUCUCCAGAACAGCUUUCAAGCUAGCAGUUAUUCCUGGUCAAGUACUAUCAAUCAUGGCGUUCGUCUCUUGUAAUAACUUUCUAUUCUAAGAGGCUAUGUCAUUUCAACCAUUUUCUUCUGAUAUCACCAGGGCUGUAUUUAAGCUGAAAAAUAAGGCUCUAAGCUAUUUGAUGUAUGGGGCCAUUUAUAAGUCCAAAUAUUACAUCUCAGUGCUAAAUAUUUCUAGGGGCCCUAAGCUAUAACUUGUAUUGCCAAUGUGUAAAAAGAAUACGGCCCUGGAUAUCUUACUUGCAUAAUGUUAUAUUUUUUUGUCUUUUCACGCUUAUGAUUGUAUUUUUUUAUGAUUGUAUUUUGUUUGGUCUAAAUUUGAGCUCUGGUGUUUGUCGACAAAUGCUAAUUGAAUUGAUAUGGAGACUCUUGUCAAUAUAGCUUUUUUUUUUCACCUAAAUUUACUCGUACAUAGCUUUUAACAUUAUAUUAUAUAAGAUUUAUUUGGCAAUCAUGCUCUUGGUGCAAGACACAGAUCUGUAAGUAACUGCUAACGUCCAGUAAGAGGAAGUAAGUAGAGUAUAUUUACUUUUAUCCAUAACAACAUGUGUAUAGCCAUUACUAUUUUGUAACAGGUUGCAUAAUAUAUUCUUAAUUAACUACUGCCACAUCUCUGUUAAGAGCAAUGAAUUUAUAGCUCCUCCUUCAUGAUCGAAGACGAGCACAUUUCUCAUUUCCUAUGGACUCGAAGAUGACUGUAAAGGCCAAUCCUCGCUUUAAAAAGCCUCCCGCAUACGUGGCAAGGGUGGGUUUUGUCUGUUGCAAAUAGGCCUGCUUCUUCUCUCAGCUUUUUUGUUGCUUCGGCGCUCUUUCACCCUGGCCACUCUUCUUGCUUCAAAUCCAGAGAGUCCGAGACUCACAGCUUCACGCCAUGAGGAGCGAUCGAGAGCUAGUGCUUCCCAGCCGUGGAUGUCGAUAUCGCAUUCCUUGAAGGAGCUCUUGGGAGUGUCUUUAUAGCGCUUGUAUUGACCUCCCUGGGAGCGCUUUCCUGCACACAACUCCCCGAACAGAAGUCGUUUGGGAAGGCGAUUGUCUGGCAUGCGGACUACAUGUCUCACCCAUCGAAGUUGUGACCUUUUUACUGUCGCAUUGAUACUGUACAUGUUGGACAGCUUUAAGAUUUCUGAACAAUGAAUACUCGUAUAAUGUUUCGUAUUGCUCUGUUCUAGGGUAGAAUUACAACAAUAGACCGGCACAGAUGCACUGACAAUCAUUCACUAUGUUUUCUCAAAUCGAUACUGAUUUCUACAUGGUACCUUUACUGUUACUAAAACCCCAGAGCUUUAAAAUGAACUGGUGUUUAUCUCUUACUGGGACAAAAUGAAGCGCGAGAUUGGUCUCGGCUGAAGAUAUAGUGCGCAAAGGGGAAAUCGUUCAGGAUAAUAAAAUGUUGUUUUUGUAUUCCGCCUUGACGCUAGUAGUAGCUGUUUGCUUAUUGUUGACUGUCUACAUAGAUCUUAUUGAGAUGUGGUAUCCUAACGCGUGGUGUACUUCUAUAUCGAUGACGAAAUAUAAAUAUAUGUUUCCAUUUUGGUUUCAGCUAAGUGAAUAAUUGUUCGGUCAAUAAUUUUUUAGGCAGGAGCUCCAGUGUGAAAUUCUCUGUAGUUGAAAUCUUUGCUCAAACAUCUUCAUUGUGACUGCGGAACAAACAGUAAGAAAGGAAUCUGGUCGCUAGGAAGAUAGGUCUUUAGAGAUAUAUGGUCCCUAGGCAGAUUGGCCUUUAGAGAUAUAUGGUCCCUAGGCAGAUUGGCCUUUAGAGAUAUCUGGUCGCUAGGUAGAGUGGCUUUUAGAGAUAUGUGGUCUCUAGGCAGAUUGGCCUUUGGAGAUAUCCGUCGCUAGGCAUCAAGACAAUUAGAGAUAAAAUGAAACCAAAAGGAAUGUGAAAAAAAUGUGUUUCCGGUCUGACACUUCACACACACACACAUGAAUAUGUGAGACAAAUAAAAUGAACCUGGUGUUGUAUCAACCUCGAAGUCAACUUAAAUAUCCUACUGUUUAGAUUUCUCGUAUCUUAGCAACAAAACAACCUUGAAGGUAAACGUCAUUUACAGGAUGUGAUGUCACGAUCUAAAAUAAUCAGUGCAUUCUAAGGUGCCCUAGUUGUUGGAGACUAUCACAAUAGCCCUGUGAUAAGUUUAGGUGCUGAAAUGAUAUAAUCAGUGCAUUCUAAGGUGCCCUAGUUGUUGGAGACUAUCACAAUAGCCCUGUGAUAAGUUUAGGUGCUGAAAUGAUAUAAUCAGUGCAUUCUAAGGUGCCCUAGUUGUUGGAGACUUUCACAAUAGCCCUGUGAUAAGUUUAUGUGCUGCAAUGAUUUUCGUGCGACAAGUAACGCUGUGUACCUAUUUGGUUCGGAGACCCAUUAUUUAAAUAAAAAUAAAAGAAAGUAGUUUGGGUUUAUGAAAAGAAAUGUUUACAAAACAAACAAGAUCCAUGUUUAGACCAAUAUUAAAAUAUGAAUCCUCGGUUUGGGAACCCCUAAGCUUUGGCAAAGAUAAAUAAACCAGAAUGAACACAAAAUAAAUCCAUGACAUCUAUAACAAAUGAAUAUUCACAUUUGGUUAGAAUAACAACAUUAAUAGAAUCACCUAACUUACACGUCAAAGGACAGAUGACUAAAAAGGAAAGUAACAAUGAAAUAUAAAACACUGACGCAUAACUUGCUAUUACAGAAACAAAACUUAAUGAAAUACUGAGAAAAAAAAUAAGACAAAGUCUAAUUUCUAAUCUGUGAUCUUUCUUAUAGAAUUAAACGGGUUGCUUUAAUCCGCCAGGAAAACCUGCGAAUUAGUAAAGAGUAUAUCUAUAAGUAUUAUCACGACUAGGUCAACAAAUGGAUAACCAUCGCAAUGUUGUUGUCUCUUAAAGAAACGACUAAGAGAUGAAGAAAGUAAUUUAAAAUAAUAGUGAGUAAAUUAAACCAAAAAAUUACAUCUUCUUAUCCAAACGACACAAAAAAAACAAGGUACAAAGACAGUUUGUGUGGAAACACAAACUCAAAAUCGGCCCCCGAAGUGGUCCACCUAGAGUCUCCACCAGGAUUCGAACACGGGACUUCCGGUUCCAAGUGCUUUACCCCUCAGCCACAGCAUCUCCAUAUUUUCAUUUAGCGUACACUUAUGUUUUUUUAAAUAAUAAUAAAUAACCUUAUCCAUACAUUCAAAAUUAAUAACAUGUUACAUGUAAUAAAGAGAAACUAAAAAAGAUUUAUUCUUCUUACAAAAUUAGAUAAACUGGCAACACGAAAAAAACAAAUUCUCGACCUACUUUAGGUAGUGAGAUAGCUAGAGAGACUUGACAAGACUUUCACCUCGCAAAUAAAAAUGAAUAUCUCCAUCGUCUAGUCACAUGAACCCUUCAACGUGAUAAUUGAAAACGCAGAAGAAUGUCUGUGACUUAUAAGGAAAGAAAACUCCCUGGAUGCUCUCACAUCUUCACUCUGCUCUAGAGACUGCGGAAUGAUCUGGUGAAUUUUAACUCAGGAAGUAAUCCAGCUAAGAAGAAAAUAAAAAGGACUGCAUCCUGCCUAAGGUUGUACGGGAGGGGGGGGGAGUGUUAAGUGAUCCGGAAUAAUUUCAUACCAGCUACUCUUCAUUUCAAAGAUUGUAUAGGAGGGUAGGGUCGAUUAUUUUCAGUUGAUAUCCGUUAAGUCGAAAUAUUAUGGGCAUACAAAGUAACAGGGCCGGCCCUAAAAAUUGCGGGGCCCUAAGCGAAACGGAUUGCGAAGGACCCGUCUAAGUAGGAAUAAACACAAUGUCAAAAUUAAGAUAUUGUAUUAGAAAAUACAUUCGUCUUUGCAAUACUUUUUAUUAAAUGAAAGCUGACAAUUCCGGUUUUUUUUUUUUAAUUGCGAGUAGGAUUGGUAUCCCUAAUUCACAAUUUUGUCUAUUUUUCCGUUCAUUUUUAAUUUCAGAUUUCAAGGACUUUUUUUUUAUUUAUAUAUUUUGCAAUUGCAGGAGAUCUCCAGGAGCCAAUAAAUGAUACCAAAAAUUAGCGCGGGGCCUAUGAAAGUGCGGGCCCACUGCACCUCUUAGGUUGCGGUGGUCUAAGUCCGCCCUGACAGCGAACUAACUCGAUUUGCAAAGUGCCCUUGUUACAUGAGACAAUGUCGUUUAUGGCCAUAGUGUAAAACACUAGUAGACAUACGAAAACCUUUUUAGCCAUCUAUUCUUUCAAUCAUGAUAACUAUUUUUAACAUCUCCAUAGGUGGCAAUCAACUGUUAGGGGAUAAGUAGAUAUAAUUCGGUUGUAACUUUGAGGGACAACUCAACGAAAGGAAGCUCAAUGAGAAGGUUACAGCAGGGGUUCUCAACCUGUGGGUCGCGACCCCAUUGUGGGUCGAUUGACGAUUUGCCACGGGUCGUCUAAGACCAUCGAAACUACAGAUUGUUAUUGUCUGCUCUUCUAGAGCUGUCUCUGUGUAUCGGGUGAAGGGGGUCGCCGCAGAGUGGGGGAUUUGUAAAAAGGGGUCGCCGAGCAUAAAAGGUUGAGAACCGCUGGUUUACAGUAACUCAAAAACCAAAUUUCAUAAGGCAGAGACAACAUUCAAUCAAAACUCGUCUCUCAUUUUUGCAUUGAAACCCAGUGAAAACAAGGAGAAUAUUAAAAUACUUGAUUAUCUAAGGGAAAGAACUCGACAUUUACAGCUAUAUAUCUCAAUAAUGUAGAAGUAACUUCCCCUUUAAUCAAUUCACAAGUAAUUAAUUCACUAGUAAAGUGAACUUUCCCUUUCAUGCCUAGCAGUCGAUAGGGCAAAUGAUGUAAAUGUCAAACAAGGGUGUCAUGUCGCCAGCACAACGACCAGCCGCCUUUACUUUUACCCCAACUCAUGUCAGGUACAAAAUUAUAUUUCAACACUCAGAAAGAAAACUAUAUGGAGAUCUCCCUGAUUUGGAAACCACUGCGCAGUUCAUCUCACGUAUUGGUCUAGUCAUCUGAACGCUCCAACAUAACAAUGAGAACGAAGAAGAAGAACCCUCAGUAACCGCGCCUCCGAUUAAUUAACAUUAUUGGUUAAUUUUGUAAUUCAUUCAUGUUUUGCUAGGUACAAUAAAUAAGUGUUUCAAUUUUCAACCUAAUCCGAGAAUGGGUGUGGGAGAAAUAGCGUGUACAAUUAUCUAAAUGGACAAAACCCUAUAUAUUAAGCCACAUCUUUAAAUGCUGCACUAUUAAUAUUCCUUGUUGGUGUCAAACAAAUUAAUUAAUUACCAGAAAUCUUGUUAACUUACCAAUACUUUAACAUACAUAUCCGUUUCUCUUACCUUUGUGAAUAAGGCUACACUAGAAGCAAGUUAACUAGCUACAUGUACUUUGCAAUUAUCAUUUUCAGCAUUUUUUUUUAAUUUGAAUUAAUAAUGGCCAGGCCUUCGAUUCCGAAGUGCAGUUUUUUACAUGACUACGCAAACCGAGUUGCGGCCUACAUAUUUUGUCCCACUUUAGGCACCUUCUGCGCCUGUCUUUGACAAGGGUUUUUCUUUGGAUCUCAAAUGUGUCUUGCUCGGCUUCGUGAGAGCACCAACUGUAUCUCUUAGAGGCCAUCUGCUGCCAGCUACUCCCCCCCCCCCAUGCCGAAUGAAGGCGCCAUAGUUGAACUGCAUUGCUCUUCAGGGAGCACUUCUGUUACAUCGUUAAAGUCGCCUAAAAAAAAGAUCACUAUUGGCAUGCUGUUGUGGGAUAAGUGUCGACCCAAUGCAGCUGUUGAAUGUUAAGUCUGCUUUAAAGAAUGAGGUAAAUUCACAGUUGGACGUCGAAAUGUAAUGCUUGCUACUAAAUUACUUUAUUAGCUAAUUUAUGUGUGUUGAAUUGUAUGCGUCAUGGCACAGUAUUAACGCUUUUCACCCUUUUAUCUGAGGUCACUAGAGUUUAUUCUUUUCUUACUGUGAAUUUGACUUUAUUUUCAUUUUUUUUCCCCAGUGUUAUGACAGAAUCGUGUAUUGGUAUGCGCUUAGUAUUUUUAGAAAGUGUACAGUAUGACCCAAUUUCCAUGGUGCGUAUAUCAUGUGACAGCCGGUUAUAUUACUCUUGGACUGUUUGAAGUGUUUUAGAAUGAGGAUUGGUGUGUUCUAGAAUACAGAUUGAGAUGAGCUGCUGAAAAAAUGGUUGAAUAAUGAUUGAGAUGCCAUGCUGAAAUGAUGGUUGAAAUGCCCUAGACCUAGAAUAAUGAUUGAGGUUGUAGCUGAUAUUUGUUGACUGUCUGACAUUAGUGACCAGGGGGAGGUGGGACUGUUCAUGACAACCUAAUUGCUUGUAUUUAUUACUAAUUGAUAACAUAGUAUAAGUGUUAAUAAUUCAAUGAGCAAUGUUUUAGAUUUAAAACAUGUUGACUUAAAGCUUGUUGUUUAUUAACGAAUUUAGUUGCUAUUAGUUGCUGAAGAAUAAGUUACAAUUUCUUCAUCUGAGUUGAUGUGGGUAAAAGCAAUGGUUGGUUAUAUUAAUAUUAUUGAACUCAUUGUUUAUCAUCAUAUCUCUCGGUUUAAUUUUGUCCAGGUUGUGUCGUGGCUGGA